AUGGAUGACUGGGCUAGAAUUCAGAGACAUUUCAUUGAUCAUGUGGAACCGUCUCCAUUCGAUCCAGUGCUCUUACUCUUGGACAAUCAUUCUUCGCUCUUGGAUAAUGAAGUCAUCGAAAUAGCCAAAGAAAACAAUGUGGUGCUGCUGUCUUUCUUGUCACACUGUUCUCAUAAACUCCAGCCCAUGGAUGUAGGGGUCUAUGAACCAUUCAAAAAUUACUGUGCCAGCCAACAAGAUAUCUGGCUAAGAAGCAGUCCGGGAAGACCAAUAGACGAAACGGCCAGCUCAAACAUCCAAAAUAUCCCUGCUAGAACAUAG